UGCUGCUUGGUGAAGAUGGCGGCCCCGGAGCAGGAGCCAGAGGUCCCUGGAAUAGACAGUGAGCUGCUCUCCUGCUCGGCCAGGGAGGUGGCCUUGAAAUGGCUUAAAGCAACUGACCUCCCUAAGGAAGUUUAAGAACACCUUGCUUUCUAUGUUCCCAAAAUCUAUUGUCGUGGCUCCAACCCAUCUCCAGAGCGGGAAGAAAUGUUGGCCCAGCAUGUGCUCCUUGGACCUAUGGAGUGGUACCUUUGUGGGGAAGAUCCUGCUAUAGGCUUUCAGAAACUUGAGCAGGCAAACAAACCAUCUCAGCUUUGUGGUCGAGUGUUCAAAGUUGGAGAACCAACAUAUUCAUGCAGAGAUUGUGCAGUUGAUCCAACUUGUGUAUUGUGCAUGGAGUGCUUUUUGGGAAGUGUUCACAGAGAGCACCGCUAUCGGAUGACAACAUCAGGGGGAGGAGGAUUCUGUGAUUGUGGAGAUGCAGAAGCAUGGAAGGAAGGUCCAUUUUGUCAAAAGCACGCUGUUAAUGUAUCCGAAAGUGAAACUGAAGACCCGCUUGUCCAUUUGUCGGAUGAUAUGAUCGCCCGUGCAUACAAUAUUUAUGCCAUAAUGUUUCAGUAUGCUGUUGAUAUAUUAACAUGGGAGAAGGAAAAUGAGCUGCCUCCUGGACUUGAUUCUGUAGAGAAAGAUGACACCUACUACUGCAUGUUGUUUAAUGAUGAAGUCCAUACCUAUGAGCAAGUGAUUUACACUCUUCAGAAGGCUGUCAGCUGCAGCCAGAAAGAAGCCAUCAGUUUUGCAACAACCGUGGAUCGAGAUGGUCGAAGAUCUGUCAGAUAUGGAGACUUUCAGUAUUGUGACCAAGCAAAGUCUGUUAUAGUGAGGAAUACUAGUCGGCAGACAAAGCCUCUCAAAGUUCAGGUCAUGCAUUCUGCAAUUGUCGCACACCAGUCAUUUGGAUUAAAGCUCCUUAACUGGCUGGGUCAAAUCAUUGGAUAUUCAGAUGGAUUGCGGCGAAUCCUGUGUCAAGUUGGUUUGCAAGAGGGUCCAGAUGGAGAAAACUCUUCCCUUGUUGACAAACUGAUGUUGUCUGAUUCAAAGCUUUGGAAAGGUGCCAGAAACUGCUAUCACCAGCUGUUCAUGAGCAGUCUGCUAAUGGAUUUGAAAUACAAAAAGCUUUUUGCCAUCCGUUUUGCAAAAAAUUACCAGCAGUUGCAGAGAGAUUUUAUGGCGGAUGAUCACGAGCGAGCAGUAUCGGUGGCUGCUCUGUCUGUCCAACUCUUCACUGUUCCCACACUGGCUCGAAUGCUUAUCACAGAGGAGAACCUGAUGACCACCAUUAUUAAGACUUUCAUGGACCACUUGAGACACAGGGACAUCCAGGGCAGAUUUCAGUUUGAAAGAUAUACCGCCCUCCAGGCUUUCAAAUUUAGGAGGGUGCAGAGCUUAAUUUUAGAUUUGAAGUAUGUAUUGGUAAGCAAGCCAUCGGAAUGGUCAGAUGCAUUACGCUGCAAAUUCCUUGAAGGUUUUGAUGUCUUCCUAGAAUUGUUGAAAUGCAUGCAGGGAAUGGACCCAAUAACACGGCAGGUUGGCCAGCAUAUAGAGAUGGAGCCAGAGUGGGAGGCAGCAUUUACAUUACAGAUGAAACUAACACAUAUCAUUUCAAUGAUCCAGGACUGGUGUUCUACGGAUGAACAUGUGCUUAUUGAAGCUUACAAGAAGUGCCUUAUAGUUUUAACGCAUUGCCACAGUGGUUUCACUGACGGAGAACAGCCGAUUACUCUGAACAUAUCUGGCCAUUCGGUAGAAACAAUCAGAUACUGUGUUUCACAGGAGAAAGUUAGCAUUCACUUGCCUGUCUCACGCUUACUUGCUGGAUUGCACGCCUUGCUGAGUAAAACUGAAGUGGCAUACAAAUUUCCAGAGCAGCUCCCGUUUAGCGAACUGAGCCCACCUAUGCUAAUUGAGCACCCUCUGCGAUGUUUGGUAUUAUGUGCUCAGGUACAUGCAGGGAUGUGGCGAAGAAAUGGAUUUUCUUUAGUUAAUCAGAUUUAUUACUAUCACAAUGUGAAGUGCAGAAGAGAAAUGUUUGACAAAGACAUUGUAAUGUUACAGGCUGGAGCUUCUAUGAUGGACCCUAACCACUUCCUGAUGAUUGUUCUUAGCCGUUUUGAACUUUACCAGAUAUUUAGCACUCCAGAUUAUGGGAAAAGAUUUCGGAAGGAAAACACAAAUAAGGAUAUUGUGCAGCAGAACAAUACUCUAAUUGAAGAGAUGCUGCACCUCAUCAUCAUGAUUGUUGGAGAAAGAUUUUGCCCAGGAGUGGGGUACGUGAGCUCUACAAAUGAGAUAAGGCGGGAAAUUAUCCAUCAGCUAUGCAUCAGACCCAUGGCCCACAGUGAAUUGGUGAAGGCAUUGCCUGAGGAUGAAAAUAAAGAAACUGGAAUGGAGAAUGUGAUUGAAGCUAUAGCCUUAUUUAAAAAGCCAGGUUUAACUGGACGAGGACUGUACGAUCUGAAGCCAGAGUGUAGCAAAGACUUCAACCUCUUCUAUUAUCAUUAUUCCAAGGCAGAACAGUCUAAGGCAGAAGAAGCACAGAGAAAAAUAAAGCGACAGAAUGGAGAAGAUACAGCUCUCCCACCUCCAGUCCUUCCUGCGUUUUGUCAACUUUUUGCUAGUUUAUUUAAUAUACUCCAGUCAGACGUUAUGUUGUGUAUCAUGGGAACAGUACUUCAGUGGGCUGUGGAACCUAAUGGAUAUGCCUGGUCUGAGUCAAUGCUGCAAAGGGUUUUGCAUUUGAUUGGCAUGGCUUUACAGGAAGAGAGACAACACUUGCGCAAUGUCAGCGAUGAUAAUGUUAUCAACUUCACCUUCACUAGCAAAAUUUCAAGACCAGGGGAAGCUCCUAACUCAUCUCCAAGUAUAUUGGCUAUGUUAGAAACAUUGCAAAAUGCUGCACAUCUAGAAGUGCAUAAGGAUAUGAUCCGUUGGAUAUUAAAGACGGUCAAUGCUAUUAAGAAGAUCAGAGAAAGUUCUUCUUCGAGCCCCACAGUUGAGAUGCAAGGCAGCAUUUUGGAGGAGAGCACUCGUGAUAAAGAUAAAGCAGAGAGGAAAAGAAAAGCUGAGAUAGCUAGGCUCCGCAGAGAAAAGAUCAUGGCCCAGAUGUCUGAGAUGCAGAGACAUUUCAUUGAUGAGAACAAAGAGUUGUUUCAACAGACAACUGAUGAACUAAAUGCAUCAACAUCCACAACUCAUGAUCACAGCCCUGCAAUGUUGGACUCUAGACUCAUAUCUUUGGGUCCCAACCAAACCAGAUGCACAGAACAAACACAUGUUGUUACCUGUAUAUUGUGUCAAGAGGAGCAAGCGUUCACCGUGGGCAAUAAAGCAAUGGUGCUUGCUGCAUUCAUCCAGAGAUCUACUGUGUUCUCCAAAGAUAGAAGUAAAAUUAUUCAAGAUCCUGAAAACUACGAUCCAUUGUUUAUGCAUCCAGAUUUAUCAUGUGGGACUCACACGGGUAGCUGUGGACAUAUAAUGCACGCUCAUUGCUGGCAGAGAUACUUUGACGCAGUUCAAGCAAAAGAACAGCUGAGGCAGCAACGCUUAAGGGUACACACUAGCUAUGAUAUGGAAAAUGGUGAAUUCCUUUGCCCUCUUUGUGAAUGUUUAAGCAACACUGUAAUUCCUAUGCUUCCACCACCCAGGAGUUUAUACCACAGAUUAGAUUUUUCUGAUCAGCCUAAUUUAGAGGAAUGGGUCAAGAUUACCUCUCAGCAAAUCAAAGCAUUGCAAGCUCUUCAUACGGAAAGCAGCAAAUCAGAUUCAGGUUCUGUUGCUCCCCAGCAAGUUGAACUUCCUGAAGGAUUUCGACCAGAUUUCCAACCUAAGAAUCCAUACUCUGAUAGCAUCAAGGAAAUGCUAACAACAUUUGGAACAGCAACAUACAAGGUUGGACUAAAUGUGCAUCCUAAUGAGCAAGAUUCACGUGUGCCAAUCAUGUGCUGGGGCAGCUGUGCAUACACCAUACAAACUAUUGAACGCAUUUUAUCUGAUGAAGAGAGGCCUUUAUUUGGAAAUUUACCUUGUCGUCAGGAUGAUUGUCUCAGAUCACUGACCAGGUUUGCAGCAGCUCACUGGACAGUGUGUUCUCUUUCAGUGGUGCAAAAACAUUUAUGCCGACUGUUUGAAACUCUUGUAUCUGAAGAUGGUGGAAAUACGCCUUGUAUACUUGAUAUUGACAUGUUUCAUUUAUUGGUCAGCUUGGUGCUCGCUUUCCCAGCACUGCAGUGUCAAGACUUUUCAGGGAACAGCCUAGCUACUGGCGACCUUCACCUUUUCCGCCUUGUAACGAUGGCACACGUUGUCCAGAUAAUACUUACUUCAUCUACAGAAGAAAAUGCCAUGGACCAAGAAUUUACAGAUGCAGAAGAGGAGCUUGCAGCAGUCUCUUUGUAUAAAACCAUCUGCCAACAAACAGGGAGCACAAUGAAAGAAUUAUCAGGUUGGCAUCUGAGCAGAUCAGUCAGGUCUUCUAUUCUCCCCUUUUUGAGGAGCUCUGCUUUGUUUUUCCAUUAUUUAAAUGGUGUUCCAGCACCCUCCGAUUUCCCCGUUACUGGCAUGAGUCAGUUUGAUCACUUGUGUAGCUAUCUUGCUUUGCCAUCCAACCUAUUCUCUCUGUUCCAAGAGAAAUCGACAGUGAUGACUGCUUUACUAAAUAGCUGGUGUAAACACAAAGUGGUGAAGAGGUUUUUGGAUGGUGAGCGGAUAUCCAUCAGCUAUCCAAGGGAGUCAAAUAAGCUGAUAGGCCUUCCAGAGGAUUAUAGUACUCUUAUUAACCAAGCAUCAAAUUUCUCGUGUCCAAAAUCUGGAGGUGAUAAAAGCAGAGCACCUACUCUGUGCCUCGUUUGUGGAACUAUGCUGUGCUCCCAAAGUUAUUGCUGCCAGACAGAAUUAGAAGGGGAUGAUGUUGGAGCAUGCACAGCACAUACGUACACAUGUGGAUCUGGCAUGGGGAUCUUCCUCAGAGUCAGAGAAUGCCAAGUUCUGUUCUUGGCUGGCAAAACAAAGGGCUGCUUCUAUGCGCCACCAUACCUUGACGAUUAUGGAGAGACCGAUCAAGGACUCAGACGUGGCAAUCCUCUGCAUCUCUGCAAAGAGCGCUUCAAAAAAAUCCAAAAGCUCUGGCAACAGCACAGUAUUACAGAAGAAAUUGGACGUGCGCAAGAAGCAAAUCAGACUCUUACUGGCAUUGAAUGGCAACAUUUAUAAUACAGAUUUAGUUUUAGCAGUUCUUACUUUUAAAAAAAAAAACUGUGACUAAGAACAGCUUAUUGUGCAAACAGCGCAAUUCUUUAAUUUAUAUUUUAUUUUUUAGCUUAUUGAAUAAAAGUGGUUUUCCUAGCAGAGCUCCAAACUUCAUCUUGCAAGUUGGAUUUCUGAGCAUUUUAUCGUGCUUCCUACACAUUGUGUAAGAUACAUAAGGUUUGAGAUUCUAAUCUAGGAAUGUGACAUGAGGUGUGUUUUCAGCAUGGAUCGAAGGAGGGGUACGGCUUUUCAUUUAAAGUUAUUAAGAAAAGCAAUACUUUGCUGUGGAUCAAAUCAGCCUCUUCAUUUUUGCAACUUUGUAUCACUGGUAGAGAAGCCCCUAGACUAUAUAUAGAAUAAAGAUCUAUCAUGUCAGUGAUGAGAGGUGCCACACAAUAACAUACAUGGGGUAUGCAGUGAGGAAUAGUCUAUAGCUAAGGGAUAAAUAAUGGAGUUAACAAUGCUAGACACAGUGAAAUUUCACUAAGUAUGGCCUUUCAAGAUUCAUUUAUUUUAUUCUAUGAUGCUGGUUCUCUCAGUAAACUGUAGUGAAUAAGCUCUAUAGCAUAACAUGAGCUUGUGAAUCUGUAGAGUCUGGAAAGAUUUAAUGGUGAAUUUUGCCUACUUACACAUGCUGGGUAUACAAGGAUGUUGCACACUUAUUUAAUGCUGAUUACACCUACAGGGCUUGUAUUAUUCUGAACACUUUGCUAUCUAUUACACUUUUACCACCAAUACUUUAUUGCUUAGUGCUGUUACUAGCCAUCCUUAUAUUGUUUAGCAAUUCAGCGUUUAAUGCUUAUGUGCAAUUAAGAAUCUCCUUGCUUGCCAACUUUUUUUGCACAAGACCAAGUUCUGUUUCCUUUACAUUUGUAUGAUAUUUAUUUGAGACCUGAGGUGCUGAGUUCUAAAUAAACAGCUCAAUAAUAAGUCUUUUUAAAUAAUUCUUCACAAAUUUAAUUUGAUUUUAAGGUCUAUAUCAUGUUGUGUUUCAUGAUUGAGAUAUAUAUAUAUAUAUAUAUAUAUAUAUAUAUAUAUAUAUAUAUAUAUAUAUAUAUAUAUAUAUAUUUGUGUUUGUGUGUAUAUAUAUAUAUAUAUAUACACAUACAUACAAACACACUCACAUAAUGUUGACUUUUUCAAUUAUUACUAAAUGGAACAAACACUCCACAGAUCACCCUCUUUAUGGCAGAUUUGUUUCAGUAAGGCAUGCAAAUAAUUUGCGUUUGUUGAGAUUGAUAUAGACCUGUAUUUUUGCACCUUUAAUAAGUCACAAUAUGAUAUGCAAAUAGCACAUCAGCAGUUCAGAUCUUGCUUAUUUUUUUGUUUCCAGUGUUUAACUGUCAACUGUAAAGUACACAAUAUGAAGACAAGUUAUGAAUUAGUAGGUAGAUCAUAAGACCUUGUAAGUAAUAGCACCCAUUAGUGCUCAGAGCCAAACUAGCCGCAGCAAUGGCUGCCUUUGUAAUGCUUUGUCUUUAGAUAAAAUUGCAUCAUUUGUGUUAGGUAACCCACAACAUCUUUACAAAGUGUGCUAGAUUUCAUGGAACAAAUAAGUAAAAUAUUUAAUUUUGGUAUAGAUCGAGGACUGCAACAGUCUCAAUGGUCUGUCUUUAGGAAGAAUGUUCUGUUCUCAUUUAAUUACAACACUUUAUUUCUUCAAACUUUUUUUUCCUGCUUUUUUCGACAACUUCUUAGGAUUGACAUUUAAGUAAAAGGCAUUAGCAGACUGAGACGUCAUGUCUAACCUUUAUAAAUCAGGCAGACCUUAAUGAUAUGGUUUAUAGCAUUGACUACCAGGUAGUCUCCAUAUAUUCACUUUCAUCACAAUUUAAACAGGGUUGCCGCCAUAUUGAAAAUACCUGCUGUAGAAAUUGCAGCAAUCUUGUCUACUUUUUAUAUGAACAUUUAUUUUUUUUUGAGUGUGCAUUUCAUCCCUUAGCUAUUAAUAUCUGUUUCGUAUGUUUUCCUCCAAUUCCUCUAAAGCAAUUUUUGUAAAGUAGCUUUAUAUGUUUUGGAUGAUGCGUAUUCAGAUGUAUGGUGAUGUGACUACGUUGUAGACCAACAGGAUAAAAUCUCCAUUUGUUUAAUAAAUUAAGCUUUUCUUAAACCUCUUGCUCCCAGCUGCGUACUUUUAAAGUUCCUCUGGAUGCAAAAUUAUCCAUUUAUUAUAGAACUCUCCUGAUCUUUCAUUAGACAGGCUUUCUUUAUUACAUGAUUAAUUUUCUAUAAUGUUCCUCUUUUUCUUAGCAUGUAUUUAUGUUCAUUGUAGAAAUGUCAAUGUAAAAAUGUAUGAAUGGAAUUCUAUUUGAAAGAAUUUUACUUUGUCUAUAAUAUACAUGAAACUUGUAAUAUUUGAAUGUAACAUAUGUAUAAAAAAAAAUAUACAACUUAUCCCAAAUAAAUGCUUUAGCUGUC